AUGGCCGUCGUCUGGUCCCGCCACCCUGCUUAUACGUUGCUUGUCGCUGUGGCGUUGUUGACCACGCUAUACCUGUUGGUGCCACACGACGUCGAGCCUGGGUCGUGGGCGUCCGAGCGAGAACUGGAAAGGCGAUUGCGGCGGUCGGCGAUUAUUUAUGACAGAGCUCUGGAGAAUAGGAGGGCAUUAAUCGAGAAAUUCGGGCCAGCACAGGAAGAAAUCGCUUUAUUUCCCCCAAAUAGGGCUCCUUGGCCACCUUAUACAGUCUGGGACUUCUUUCCUGCUGCCUUUAACUGUCCUCACGAGAUAGAACGAAUUGGUGUACUUGGGGAUGGCGGUAAAUGGACGUGUGGAUUGUCGAGAUUAGAGCAUCGGAAAGAUUGUAUCGUAUAUUCGUUUGGUAUCAACAAUGAAUCGUCUUUCGAGGCUGAGAUACUUGAAAGGACGAACCAUUGUCAGAUAUGGGGCUAUGACUUUAGUGUCCCCUCGUUCGGUCCAGAGAUUCACCUCUCACUCGCAAACCGAACACAUUUCAGCGAUGUGGGACUGGCGGGGGAGGAUCAACCGGGUGGCAAUCCGCCUAUGUACAGGUUGGAAACCUUGAUGAAACUCAACAACCACACCCACAUCGAUAUCUUGAAGAUGGAUAUCGAAGGAUGGGAGUUUGAAUCACUGCGGACAUUUAUCCUCCCGUAUGUGGAAUCAGGAGAAGCCCUCCCGAUCGGCCAACUUCAAGUGGAAAUCCACAUCUGGGACAAAACGUUUCCCGAGUUCCUCGAGUGGUGGACUCUACUUGAAGCUUCUGGGCUUCGGCCAUUCUGGACAGAGCCCAAUCUCGUCUACCAGAACUACGACCCUAAAGGAACCAAGACUGCAGACCUUGCCGAGUACUCUUUCCUUAACGUCAAAGGGACCAACGUGUUCAUAAAUUAA